AUGUCAACGUUGGCGGUGUCUAGUAAUGGUCGGAUGACAGAUCAAGAAUUGGUCUCAUCCUUUCAUGGAGAAGUCAGUGGUAUUCAAAAUGGUUUCAUGUAUGGAGCGUUGGAGCAGAAAAUCCGAGGCGUGCAAAAGACCAUUAGCUCUCUAACCAGCCAUUACCCUGAUGAACCAUCUCCAUGGGCCAUGGGAACUGACAUGCCAGGUUCUAGUAGCCUGAAGUUGACUAGGAGCCAUAGUUGUAGGGCCAAUCUCAUGGCUGGCUCAUUGCAAUCAGACUUUGAGACUGUAGAACAUAGUGAGAGGACCCCACUUAAUGGGUUUGAGAGAAACUUUCCAGGAAGACCAGAAGGCCACCAAAGGAAGCAUUGGAUGCGUCCUCCAUUGAAUUAUGAUGGCAAUACUGCAAGGUUGUCAAGAAAUGAUUCGCAAUCCUCCAUUGGCAGUGCUUUCAUGGAUGAACAAAAAUCUCAGCAUCAGAUCGCCGGAGAUGAGGACAUUCCUACCAUUGGUACUUUUGUUGCAGGACUGAAAAAAAUGGCCAACCUUCAGUAUGAGACCGAAUUUCUUGAUGAUCAGGUUCAAGAGACAGAACCAACAACUGAAAAGUCUGGGAAGAAUGUCAAAGAUGUGGGGUUGGAUCCAAUGCAGGAUUCACUGGGAACUUCGUCAGACUCACCCUUGAAGUUCGAGAUGCUGCAGAGAUUGAUUAUUGAACUUUGGCAAACUUGCAAUGUUUCAUUGGUCCACCGGACAUACUUCUUCCUACUUUUUAAAGGUGACCAAAUGGAUUCUAUUUACAUGGAGGUAGAGGUUAGGCGACUUUCCUUCCUCAAGGAAACCUUUUUAAAGGGACAUUCAGCUGUGCAAGAUGGUCGGACUCUGACAUGGACCUCCAGCAUGAAAUCACUUCGCCGUGAGAGGGAGAUGUUGAGCAGGAUGAUGCAAAAAACGUUUUCAGAAGAGGAAAGAAAUAGAAUCUAUCAGAAGUGGGAUAUCAGUUUGGACUCAAAGCGUAGGAGGUUGCAGCUGAUCCAGCGCUUGUGGAGUGAGACCAAGGAUAUGAACCACAUUAGGGAGAGUGCUGCAAUUGUUGCGAAGCUGAUCCGGUUCUCAGAACAAGGACAGGCCCUCAAGGAAAUGUUUGGGCUUAGCUUCACACCUCGACGCAUGAGCCGGAGGUCUUUUGGCUGGAAACGCAGCAUGCCAUCCCUUUUGUAA